AUGUGCCAAGCACCCUGCGUAUUUCGCCAUAUAUGGGCCGUUUCACGGAUCCAUGCCAGCACACUCACAUAUCGACCAACAACUGUGAACACCGACGCAGACGACAUCAACAAGGACAUCUUCCGAUCGCUCCAUGCCAAGCGGUACAAGUCCUAUGUUAUCCCGCGGCUGCUCCGACAGUCCGAAGCCCUCGGCAUCGUCGGUGACGCCCUGGUGGCCCCGCUCAGCCCCCCGAUCUAUCUGGAGGUCAACUUUCCCAGCACCAAGUGGUUCGGCGCCUACGGACACCCGAUUCCUCCCAACUGGGCCUUGUACUCGCCCGAGGUCACAAUCACCGUGCCCGACGACUCCGAGGGCUUCUACACUCUUAUGAUGGUGGAUCUGGAUCGAGUCAACGUUGAGUCAGGAACGUUUGAAGAGUGGUGCCACUGGCUCGUCACCGACAUUCCUGUCAAGUCUCGGCUGGUGAUUCCUGGUGGAUCAUCGCCUUUCCUUGGCCCUCCCACCGACGAUACUCGUGUUGCUAUUGAAUCGGCAAAGAACAACAUGGCCACUCAUCCCACUGCGCCCGAGACUCCCGUCACGAUUCCCGGAAAUGUCAUCUUUGACUACGUGCCCCUGCACCCCCCUCACCAGAACCCCGCACGCCACAGCCGGUACUUCAUCGGUGCCUACCGACAGCCGCAAGGCCAGGGCCAGAUCGACGUUGCAGCCCUCAAAAAGUCAAUCCAGGAGAAGAUUGCAUCCGCGGAUGCGACCGAGACUCGGGGCACUUUUGAGCAAAUGUACAUUGGCGAAGCAGAGAAAAAGAUCCAAACCCAGGAGCGUGCCGCCGUUACUCCGUCGUGGGGCUUUGCCAAGACCCAUGGCCUGGAGCUCCAGGGCUACGGAUUCUUCACCUCCAUGUGGAACCUGUACACACCUGACAUUUUCACCCGACUUGGCAUCCACGAGCCUGUCUACGGCGAGCUGCCCAAGAACCCGAAGCAGUUCAUCAAGCAGGUCCAGACGGCCUCCGAGAUGUUUGCCAAGCUGCCCGGUCCGUUGACUACUCUGGAGGUCUCUGAGCUCCAGCACAUCAACAAGGGCACCAAGGCCACGCCGCACAAGCCUCGCGUGACUAUGAAGACCCUCGAGGUCGAGAAGCUGAAGCAGGACGAUCAGGCACAGCUCCGCGCCAGGGCGCAAAAGAUUGCUGAGAAGGAGAAGAGCUCGGUUGACGACGUCCUCAAGACUAUUGCUGCCAAGGAGGCCGAGUGGCAGCAAUCUGCGAAGCUGCCAAGACUGACAACCAUUGGUGCCGUCUCUGUUGUGAAAAACAAAGUUAACGAUGUCGCCACUGCCGAUGGCGAAAAGACGGCCCAGGCCAAGACCCGUCGCUACAAGUAUUUGAACGUCUAA